AUGACGCUUUGCAUCAUGGAUAAUCUUGCAGUUUCGAAGAUGGCGGCGGUUUUCAAACCAAUAAUUCGAUGGGCUCAAAGCAAGGAGCGAAUAUUUUUAACACUGGAGUUGUCAGAUGUUCAGGUUUGGUAAUUGCUACAAAAAAUUAUUGUAGUUUAUAUCUAACCGUUCGUGGUAUUCCAUUUACAAUUUGUGCAAUUCCUCUUGCAGUAUCCAGCUGUAGAACUGACUGGUAGCCGGUUGGUCUUUCAAGGUAAGCAGGCCAUUUUACAUCAUGUAUUCCAAGGAGCGAUAAUAUCAGUCCUUGUUCUUACUAAAACCCAAGUAGCUAACAAUGUAGAGAAGUAUAAGAAUUUGAAAAUAUCUCUACAUUCAUGACUUCGAAGCUGUACGUACACUGUACCUGUUGUAAUUUAAGCUGUAUCCAUGCUGUUUUCUUUCGUUUCCCAGCCUACUUAAAGUAAUGUUGUUUUUAUUUUCACAACACUAUUAAUCCUUAGCAAGGGUUUGAUCACAUUUUUUAAGUGCUAAGGCAUCCCUGUGAGAUACAUUUUAAAAAAUUAAAACCAGAAGUGAACUCCUUCAUGCCCCAUGUGAAGUUACAUGUGUGUUGUUAAUGCAGGUAGUGAAACUUUUUUUAUCCUGGUGCUGGUACCUAGGUCCUACCUUCUUAUGAGAGCUGAGCCUUUAUCUCCUAGAUGUGGUCGGCAUGUUACUUCUCCUUACAAUUUUAUUAUGUAAACCAGUAAAAAGUUGACAAUACAAAACUAAUUCAUUAAUAAGCAUGAGGGUACCAUUGACAGAGGAGCAAAUUCUCCUUACUCGCUUCUAAGGAGAUGUGCAGGAGCAAGAGCAGGUAUAAAUUAAGAAAUUAUCAUCCGAACCUAGGAGUUGAAUGGUGGUUAGCCUUAGAUUUUGAGCAAAGUCUGUCCCUUUUUGAUUGCUUUAAUUUUGGUAAUGCAUGCUGUUUCCUUCUCUUAAUUUACUGAGGAAUAAUUUCAGGGUCUGUGAAUAUUUGUGUUACAGGAUUUGGUCAUGGAGCCAGAGGGGAACAGCAGUACCAUGUGGACAUUGAUUUCUAUAAGCCUGUUGAUAUUACAGUGAGUCUUUGUUGAUAUUUGUAGACAUUUUUUUUUUAUAAACUAAGUUAAUUUUGAUAAUUGUGAUUUACCUGUUGUGGAGAGUUUAGUCAUGUUUUACUUACGUUGAAAACAAUUAUGGUUGUCAAUUUGAUAACGUGAUUAAUUUAAUCAUUGACUUAUAGGCAAGCAGUCAUAAAGUUCUGGAUCGUCAUGUGGAAUUUUCCAUUGCUAAGUUGAAAGGGCAGCAGGGUAGGUGCUAUCACUAACAGCAGUCAUCUUGUUGGAAUUUAGUAUGGAGUCAAUGCAUGUAUUAAGAACUUUAUUGAUUUGUAGUGGACUUUAUUGAUUUUAUGCACUGUUUGUGCUGUGCUCAGAGUUCUGGCCCCGUCUUAUUGUGGAUGAACAAAAGCCGGCCUGGUUGAAAGUCAACUUUGAUCGAUGGCAAAGUGAAGAUACAUCUGAUAGUGAAAAAGAUGAACUGGAAGAACAAGCUAAACUAGAGGUGAAUAAAAUCAAACACAGGUCACUGUUGCAUUGGCUGAAAUGAUGAUUAAGAUAACUUUUUUAAAACUUUAGAACCCCAAAGUAAAACAGAGAUUGAUCAAGACAAAUUUCAGGGAAGAUUUCUUGUUCUGAGCAUGUCACAUGAAAACUGUCUCGCUAUAACUAGGAGUUUUAACAUUUUUGUUUUAUUUAAUUAUCACCUUGUCAGCAUAGCAGCUUGGGUUUGUGUACAGGAAAGCACUGGACAGUAUAAUUUAGUAAUAUUCAAAGUGAAAUUGUGUACAAAUGCUUCAAAAAAUAUGUAUUUAAUCAACCAAUCAAGAAACCAUGAGUUCUGGUAAUUAGCCACAAACAAUAAAUUUUUUUUCACAUUUUUUUAAACUUGACAAGAAUUUUUGAGUAUUUUUACUAAAACAGUGUACGGUAUGACUGACAGUUUUUUUAUGUCCUCUCAAAAUGAAAAUUUAAUCUUAUGGAGUUCAUCAUUAAGAAGCAAACUUAAAAAAAUAGUUUGGAAGUGAUGUGUAACUAAUAAAUUUAUGUUUGUUUUCAGAACUUGAUGACUAAUACCAAAGCCAUGGAAUUAGAUCUGGACAAUGAAAUAGAGAAAACCAAACAAGAAGGUAUGCAUUCUUCUAAUGUCUCCCAAAUUGCAAAGCAUUAUGAUCACAACUUUUGAAGACAGUGCAUCAAGGUCCUUCCCCUUUUUCAUCUAAUACUUCUUUAAACAUCCCAAGAAAUUAUCAAUAAUUCUGUUAAUUGCAAGAUGGGGUAUCCAGCUGUAACUUAAACCCUUAGAAACAGAAAAAGUGCACAAUCUAAAUGGUUAAAAUUAUUGGUAAACAAUUUUUUAAUCAAGCUUUAGGUCAAGGAGCCUGGACAUCUUUAACAUCCUCAUGGCUUGACAUGAGAAAAGAACCUGAUGGAUAUCUAACUUUCUUGAUCUUGUACUCAUUCAAUAUGGAUUUACUAUUAUAAUAGCAUGGUCAAAAUGUAAUAUUCAGUAAUCUCACUUUCUGAUGCCUAAAUUGGUAUAUUUGCCUAUCUUGCUGUCAUUUCAGUCUUUUUCUUGUGGUUAGGACAGUAAUGUCUUAGUUUAUGAUUAUAGUCUUAGAAAGUACCUGUUUAUAGUGAUUGACCUGAUUAAACUAGAAGUGUUUGCUGUGGGUAGCAGUAAUUAUUAGAACUUAAGUGAAAAUACACAGUUGUAAUAAGGUGAUUUUUAAUGUUCCCUACAUGUAUCUACUUAACUUCUUAACCAUCAAGAAAUUUUGUUUUAAAUCAUUAAUGUGAAAAACAUAGGGUUUUUUUUUUUUUUUAUAGUUUUCAGAUUUACUCGAAUAUUCUACUUGGUUGUGUAUAAUCUCAUGCAAGGAGGAUUAUAUCUCUACAUCACUUCAGUCCUUCUGUACAAAGCAAUUUUUCAAGGAACAGGUAUAUCUUAUUUGAAUUCACUUUUUUAGUAGUUAGAAGAAAUGCGUAAUUAUAUCUGUCAUCUGUCACUAUUUUGAUAUCAAGUAUCAGUCAGAUGAGAUAUACAUGUAGGGGUACCCAUGUUUUCUAUUAAAAAUGCAUGUUGUUUCUUGUAGGACUGGUACAAUUGAAGGGUUUUGGUGCCUUAUGCACUUAUCAGCGGCCAUCCCGGGGGGUUGACCCUGGGGACAUACAUGGGAAUAGUGCAGGAUUUGCUGACUUUUAUUGCUAAUUUUUGGCCCAGGACGGGGGCAUUGGACUGCUUUUGUUGCUCUUUUGAAGCAAGAUACAUGGGGAAAGACCCAUAGGAUUUGUAACAUUGCCACCAUCUAAUUAUGCUCCCUGGGGGAGGGACAGUAGUAGCUUUUUGUGGAAGAAUAUUGGCCCUGGGUAGGUGGAAUUUGCAAAUGUCUUACUGCAAAUGCCUGGGGGUUCCCCUGGGUCAACCCCCUGGGAUGGCCGCUGAUAAGUGCAUUAUGCUUUCUCAGUUUUUACCCUUCAUCCUCUAACAGUGAUGAGCAUCUAAUUUCUCCUCACAUUAUCACCAAUAUCAUCAAACAGUGAGAUUUAAAGGGCCAUUAAUGCUAUCUAUUGGAUAAAUUAUUAUCCAGUGGAUAAACGAUAUAUACUUUGCUAUCAACCAGAUAGUGAUUUACCUAGUGGAUAGUGUCAUCCACCCUUUGAACAACUGGGUGUACAUGUACACAUAAGAAGUUAAAAAAACCUCUAGUUGUGAUUACCACAGGGAAUGUAGAGAUCAGUGUGGAGAAUAUAAAAUACUUAUGUUAGGGAGGAAAAGGUUAAUUAUGGUUAACAUUCUGUCCCAUUCUGUCUCAAACUACUAAUUAAAACACUUCCAAUCUAACUUUGCAAAUAGAUUUUGGUUUGCUACUAUUACUACAAUAUUCAGUCAAACUCUGGCAACCAAGAUUGGUUUAUAUAUUGCAUUUGACAUUUUAGAUGCCUUCUCUGAAGCUUAUGACUCAGUCAGUGAUGUACUAGCCUCAUGUCAGUUGGCAGCCUUCUUGGAGGUUAUUCAUCCUAUGGUUGGUAUUGUCAAGACUGGUGUACUGGCUCCAUUCAUGCAGGUAUAUUUUAAAGUUUAUAAUUAAAAGUACAUUUUUUUGUAAGCUUUUGAAAAUACCAGUAAAUCAUGUUUGACUUGUAUAUUUAAUAGAUUGUAGCUAACAAGUUGAUCCUGUCAAGGACAACCAGGUGAACAAGUUUGACAGGUUACAUAUGAUGUUCACUGAUUAUCUGUCACUCAUUGGUAUGACCAUUUGUUGGCAGUGAUGGAGUACACUGUAACUUCUUACACAUGCAGGCAUUCUAAUUGUUCAAGACAAUCAUGCAAUCCUCUCCUAAGAGUGUCAAUUACUGGAGCUUUGUAAUUCUGAUGUGAUACUGUCUAAAUAUAAUUUCUAUGUAUACUAAAUAACCUUUUUUCUUAAACCUCAAUUACAAUGUACUUGUACUUCUAUCCAAUCACUGAGCAAUGUUCAUAUUUAAUUUUUUCUAACAAAGCUCAGAAUUGAUCAUCUUAGCUAUCACACAGAGCUUCUAACCUUUGUCUACAAUUUAAUGCACUAUAGAGCAGACUGAGUGUGAAUAUAAUUCACUGCUGACUUCUCUUGAUGAGAGAUUAUAAUUGAGGUUCUCUUUUAUACUAUUAGGUUUUUGGUAGAAACUUGGUUCUUUUCUUGGUAGUGGUUGCAAAUAAAGAGCUCCAUAAACUUACAGCUGUAUAUGGUCUUUUCAUUGUAUGGUCUCUUAUUGAAGUUGUACGGUAAGCCCUUUUUCAAAUCUUUGUGAAAGUAUUGAUUUAGUGACUACAGAUGGUUAAAAUUGGUCAGCAUGUGUAAAUAAGGUAAUGCUAUUGGCAUUUCAGCAUUUAACUGGCUAGUGCUGUUUUGACAUAGUAAUGAUACUCAAAUCAGAGCAGGAUCUUGAUGUUAAUUGACAUGAGUGAUUUUUGAGCCAAACAUGAUAGUAGGAAUUUCAAGGCCACUGUUCAGGUUAUAGCAUUAACUAAGACCUGGAUAGUUUUUUCUAUCUUUUGAAAAUUGAUUGCAAUAAAUUUCUUGUGUUGCAUGUACAGUGUAUGAAAACACCUAUGUGUGACAUCUUAUGUUACGUUUCUACAUGUAAAUGUUCAUGAUUGUAUGUAUUGAAUGAAAACUAUGAUGGUGCAUUUUGAUGUUUUGAUAAUUCAGUUGAAGAAAUUAAAUUUAUGUAAACUAUAUUUUUUUUACACUAUUCUGUGGUGCUUUUGUGUUUAAGGUACCCAUUUUAUGCCUCCGAGAUCCUUGGCAUAAGGAUUGAACCCCUGAUGUGGCUUCGAUAUACAUUAUGGAUUCCUUUGUAUCCCCUCGGUGUACUCUUUGAAGGUAACUUAACACCAGAUCAUUAAUUUAUUAAGCAAUAUUUCUGUGGUCUGGUAUUGUUCUUCAAGCAUUACACUGCCCCCUACCAUUUUUAUGUCCCAAACAUUUGUCUUCAGCAUUGAUUAUUUUUGUUACAAUCUUGCAGUUACUCUCAUAUGGAAGGCAAUUCCUUUACUGGAUGAAUCUGAGAGAUUUUCUGUCAAACUACCAAAUGCAUUGAACUUCAGUUUUAGCUUUGCAUGGUACCUCAGAGUAUAUCUUGUCUUUCUUGUUAUUGGUGAGUAUGCCUAGAUCAAAUUUCAAUGACAAUGUACAGAAAAACCUUAUUUUGAUGAGGAAUUUGAACUGGUACAUCAGGAUUGAUUCAAUUGUAAUUACUUUCAGAGACUAAUUGUGUUUUUUCUCCAGGUGGCUGUUACAUGAUGAGACACAUGUAUGCCCUACGACAACGAAGAUAUGGCAGGAAGAAAACAAAAACAAAAUAGCAACCUUCUCCGUGAAUAAUACCUGCAACAUAAAGGCCUAAUCAUGCCUGCCAAGACUUUAAAAGUCAGAUCUCUUUCAAAAAUUGUUGAUGAUUCUUUUAACUACAAAGAAAACAAUUAUACAAAGGCACAGCAUGCUGUUCAGUGCUGCAGUUUUGGCUGUGGCAAGCUGACAAGUACUUACAUGUUUCAUUUAAUAUAUCAAAGGAAAGUCAGGUUACACCGAAGAUUGAUAAAAGGUUACAUUUAGAGACUGUGUUCCACAUGGCUACUGUAAAUACAAUGUUUAGCAUCCGUGGUCAGGAAGAACUAUCAAUGAAAAGUUAUUCCACCUAUAAGUUUUCUUGAUUUUAUUGAAGUAGACAACCUUAGUAGGUAGCAUUUCUGCUAUUUUUAUUUGGGGUAGAAGUGUGUUUUCAAACAGCAGUUGGUGAUCAAGAAUAUAAUUUUGGCUGAGAGUACCAUAAAAGAAGUAUAUCAAAUCAGUGGGUUUCCUAUAAGGUUAACAUACCCCAGGUACAAUUCUGACGGUUGGCAAGGAAGUAUUGCCUAGAUAUAUUGAGUAACAGUUAAGUAAAAGACUAUUCUGCCAAGAUGGAAGGACACAAAUACAGUUGUUACAAGAAUCUGCCACAAUUCUAACUUACAGAGUCUCAACAAGGUUAACUUUAUGGCAUUUACUUUGGAUUUAAACAAUUUUUUUUUACCAAUGUUUUGACUUCAGUUAUUGAUGUAACUGUGUUAAUGCAAUAUCCCCUCCUAAAAAUUCAUUUAUACAGUAUUUAUACUGUAUCUACCAAUAACAACAUCGAGAUUCUUGAUGCUAAUGCAGGUAACAAAUAUAUUUAAGCAUGCAACUUAUAAAGGUUACAGUGUUUAUCUACAAGAAUCUGCCACAAAUAUAACUCACAAAAUCUCAAGGUUAGGAUUAGUGCAUUUACUUUAGAUUUUUAAAAACAAAUUUUUUAAUAUUUUGACUUCAGGUAUUGAUAUAACUGUGUUUAACUGUUUCUCAUUUUCAAGAUUUUUUCUGACAUGCUUUUAAGAAAUAUUUUAAAGCAGAAUUUAAAAGUUCAUAAGUUAAUUGACAAGCCACUUUGACAUUUUAGACUACUGACUUUCUCAGUUAGCAAUUUUAAGUAUAGCCACCAAAUUUUAAUCUUGAUGAAAGUCAUCUGAACACCAUCCCAACCAUUGUGUUUAUAUGGUAAUAAAAUGUAAAUAUAAAAAGCUGUGUCACACUGUUCCUUAGGUACAGUUAUGACGGUUGUUAGAGAAGUAUUGCCUAGAAAUAUUGAUUAACAAUUAAGCAAUAGACUAUUGUGCUAAGAUGUAAAGACACAAAUGCGGUUUUUACACUUAAUGUGACAACUGCAUUUAUGUACUUGCAUCCAAUCACACCAAUCCACCAAUAAGAGUGCCAAUACUAUCUUAAAUAUUUUGCAAUUUUAUAUGAAAGGUUUUUUAAACUCCCAUGAGUGACCAAGUCAGAAUUUCUCCUUCCAAUAUCAAUAAAAUAUCAACCAGAUAAGUGAUGAGAAGAAAGAAAAAUAUCAAUUUGGGGAUAAUUAGUUGAACCAAUACUAAAUUAUCUCAACUAACAUUAUAAGAAUUGUAUGGUUGACAGUAAGGAGAGGUAUAAAAUUAAGCUGGGAGUUAAAGGUUAACAACACAUGUAAAUGAGAUCAUGGCUGAAAAUUGAUACCGACUGUUUGUCUCAAGAGAGGUAACAACCUCUUAAAGUUUGCUGCCUCACCUCUAAAUAUAUUAUUUGUAAGCAAUGAUCUGAAGAUCCUUUGAAACUUCAUUCAAAUAAUUAAGAGGCAAUCAAACAGGUCAGUAUUUGUGAGUGAAGAACAGUCAAAGCUUUAUCAAAAUUAGCACUUAUAAUGAAAAACUAGACAAGGGUGGAGCUACAGCCCAGGUCAAUACAGUAGUAGUGACUCCAAUGGGACAAUUUAUUCUCUCCUUUAGCUAUCUCACCUCCUCUUAUGGAUAGUAACUUGAGUUGACCAAAUUGCUGGUC